AUGCAGAGACUGGAGCAGUUGAGGAAAGUGGCUGUCGGACAGGGAGACUACCAUCUUUUGGAUCACACAGGACAGCGCAGAAGCAAACGCGACUUCCUGGGCCGUUGGGUUCUCUUGUACUUUGGCUUCACCCACUGCCCAGAUAUCUGCCCUGACGAGCUGGAUAAAAUGACCAAUGUGGUGCGUAUUCUGGAUAAAGACCCUAGCCUGCCCCCUGUCCAGCCACUUUUUAUCACUGUUGACCCUGAGAGAGAUGACGUGGCUGCUAUGGCCAAGUACGUGAAAGAUUUCCAUCCACGGCUGGUUGGAUUGACAGGCACUGUGGAGGAAGUGAAGCAUGCAGGACGGGAUUAUAGGGUCUAUGCCAGCGCUGGUCCUAAAGAUGAGGAUGGGGAUUACAUUGUGGACCACACCAUCAUCAUCUACCUGGUAAAUCCAGAUGGACUCUUCCUGGACUACUACAAUAGAAUGAAAAAUGAUGCCCAGAUUGCUGAGAGUAUACGCAAUCACAUGAAAAAAUAUGUUAAAUUAUUUCCAGAUUAA